UGUAUUCACAGUAGUGUUGGAAGAAGAGAGGAGGGACAUGGGCGGGGCUGGGUAUCCUCUCAUUUUCCCUCCAUGCUUAACUGGGCAGCAGGGCUGGAGAGACCUCCGGGGAGCACAGUCGCCAGUCCAGCACGGAGACCUGCCUGGCCAAAAAGGCGCGCCUCACAUUUGCCAGCAUUGCCAAAAAUUCACGAAAAAUAUACCUGCUAUUUAUGGCAUGUGGCUUGUAACUUUACUCCUGUUGUACUCUCUCCAAGAAGUACACAGUGAGGAUGUGGGCUCCACCAGGCUGUACUUUGUGAAUGCCUCCCUGCAGAAGGUAACCUACUCCAGCUCGGUGGGGGUGUCCCUGCCCUGUCCAGCAGGGGGCACCCCUAGUGCCAUUCUGCGCUGGUACCUGGCGACCGGUGACGACAUCUACGAUGUCCCCCACAUCCGCCAUGUGCACGCCAACGGGACACUCCAGCUGUACCCCUUCUCCCCCUCCGCGUACAACAGCUACAUCCACGACAACGACUACUUCUGCACCGCGGAGAACCAGGCGGGCAAGAUCCGCAGCCCCAACAUCCGCAUCAAAGCUGUUUUCAGGGAGCCCUACACUGUCCGUGUGGCAGACCAACGCUCGAUGCGGGGAAACGUAGCAGUGUUCAAGUGCCUGAUCCCCGCCGCGGUGCAGGAGUACGUCAGCGUGGUGUCCUGGGAGAGAGACACCGUGUCCAUCGUCCCAGGUAACAGGUUCUCCCUGACCUCCUUUGGGGCUCUGUACAUCUCAGAUGUUCAGAAGGAGGAUGCCCUCUCCACCUACAGGUGCAUUACCAGACACAAGUACAGCGGUGAGACGCGCCAAAGCAACGGAGCCAGGCUCUCUGUUAUGGACCCCAAUGAGUCCUCUCCCACCAUCCUGGACAGUUUUCAAGCAGGAGAGGUCUAUGCGGGCCAGAGCAUCGAGCUCCCGUGCAUAGCAGGAGGUUACCCCAGCCCCACAGUGCGCUGGCUCAAAGACGGCCGGCCGCUGCCUUCAGACGCCCGCUGGACUCGGCGUUUGACCGGGCUGACCAUCAGUGACCUGCGGCAGGAGGACAGUGGCAGCUAUGCCUGCGAAGUCACUAACAGCUUUGGCUCUAAAGAGGUGUCCGGACAGCUCCAUGUUAUAGACCCACUGCGAGUGACCUUGUCCCCUAAGAACUUGAAGACGGGCAUCAGUAGUACGCUCUUCUUCACCUGCACUGUGGAGGGCUCCCCUGAAUACACCAUCAGCUGGUACCGAAACACAGAGCCCAUUGUUCCAGACCAGCACAUGUCCAUUCAGGGCCAGCACAACGACACCCUUCAGAUCACUGCGGCUCAGAAGUUACACUCCGGGGCGUACCAAUGCUUUGCCACCAGGAAGGGCCACACCUCUCAGGACUUCUCCAUUAUUUUACUUGAGGAUGGAACUCCUCGUAUUGUGUCUUCCUUCAGUGAGCGUGUGGUCAACCCUGGCGAGCCUUUCUCCCUCAUGUGCAGUGCAAAAGGAGCUCCUCCGCCCUCCAUCACCUGGACUUUGGACGAUGAGCCCGUAGUGCGAGACUCCACCUAUAAGACCAGCCAGUACACGCUCUCGGACGGCCUGACUGUGUCUCAUGUGAACGUCAGCAGCCCGCUCAUUCGAGAUGGAGGAGUAUAUCGCUGCGUUGCACGCAACUCGGCGGGUAGCGCAGAGUACCAAGCGCGCAUAAACGUAAGAGGUCCGCCCCGAAUCAGACCUAUGCGGGACAUCACAGCAGUGGCUGGCAGAAACACCUAUAUCACAUGCCGUGUGAUUGGCUACCCCUAUUACUCCAUCAAGUGGCUUAAAGACGGCAUGCAGCUGCCUGAUAAUCAUCGCCAAGUCAUAUUUGAGAAUGGCACCCUGCGUUUGACAGACGUACAGAAGGGUGCCGAUGAGGGCACCUACUUGUGUAGUGUUCUGAUCCAGCCCCAAGUGUCAAUCAACCAGACUGUUCAUGUCACUGUCAAAGUACCACCACUCAUCCAACCUUUUGACAUCCCCUCUACCUCCGUGGGAAAGCUUAUAUAUAUUGCCUGCGUGGUGUCAUCUGGGGACAUGCCCAUACGCAUCACAUGGCACAAAGAUGGCCAGCUCAUAAUCCCAGGCUCCGCCUCCGGAGUCGCAAUAGAGACCAAAGAAUUCAUGAGCUCAUUACAAAUCUCUAAGGUGACAUUAAAGCACAACGGAAACUACACCUGCAUUGCCAGCAAUGCUGCUGCCACUGUCAGCUGGGAGAGACAGUUGAUAGUUACUGUACCACCACGAUUUGUGGUACAACCCAACAACCAGGACUGUAUCUAUGGGAAGGCAGGUGUCCUUAACUGCUCUGUAGAAGGUUACCCUCCUCCAAAAGUCAUGUGGAAACAUGCUAAAGGUCUGGGAAACCCACAGCAGUAUCACCCAGUGCCUCUAACAGGCCGUAUUCAGAUCAUGUCUAAUGGCUCUCUGCUCAUCCGCCAUGUUCUGGAGGAGGACCGCGGCUACUACCUCUGUCAGGCCUCCAAUGGAGUUGGCUCGGACAUCAGUAAAAGCAUGAUCCUCACUGUCAAAAUUCCUGCCAUGAUCACAAGCCACCCAAACACCACCAUGGCACGGAAAGGCCAAACAAAAGAGCUCAACUGCACAGCACGAGGUGAGCAACCUAUAAUCAUCCGCUGGGAGAGAGGAGACACUGUCAUUGAUGCUGAGAGGAAUCCUCGCUACUCCAUCACCAUCAACAAGAAGGGGGACGAAGUAAUUUCUACUCUAAAGCUGAAUCCAGCAGAGCGAGGAGAUUCUGUUUUCUUUUCUUGCCAUGCCAUUAACUCCUAUGGAGAGGGCCGUGGCCUCAUCCAACUUACUGUUCAAGAACCUCCAGAUCCCCCUGAACUCGAAGUCCGUGAGGUCAAAGACAGGAGCAUGAAUCUGCGGUGGAUCCAGAGGUUUGAUGGGAACAGCAUCAUCACCAGCUACGACAUUGAAUACAAGAACAAAUCAGAUUCCUGGGAUCACAUGUACACAACAAGAAACAUUUCACCCACCAACAACCAGGCCAACAUCGUAGAGCUGCACCCAGCAUGUGUGUACAGCAUCCGGAUGUACUCUUACAACAAGAUUGGCCGCAGCCUUCCCAGCAAGGAGCUUACCAUCAGCACCGAGGAAGCACCACCUGAUGGGCCACCAAUGGAAGUUAUCCUCCAACCAAUGACGUCUCAGAGCAUACGAGUCACAUGGAAGGCUCCAAAAAAGGAGUUGCAGAAUGGUGUGAUCCGUGGCUAUCAGAUUGGUUACAGAGAAAAUGGUCCUGGGAGCAAUGGCCAGUACAGUAUUGUGGAGAUGAAAGCCACAGGAGACAGUGAAGUGUAUACACUGGACAAUCUAAAAAAGUUUGCCCAGUAUGGGGUGGUGGUCCAGGCUUUCAACCGUGCAGGCACCGGUCCUUCCAGUACAGAGAUCAAUGCAACAACUCUCGAAGAUGUGCCCAGUGAGCCCCCUCAAAAUGUGCGGGCCAUCUCUGUGACAUCGGACGAGGCGGUGAUCACAUGGGCGGAGCCUCCACGGCUGACGCUGCACGGUGUGCUGAAAGGCUACCGCGUUGUGUUCUGGUCCCUCUUCCCUGACGGAGGUGGGUGCUGUGGGGGCCAAGCCCAGUGGCCAAUGCAGAAGUGGGGAGAGAUGCAGAAUAUCACUACGACUCGGGAGCAGGUGGAGCUCAGAGGGCUGGAGAAGUUCACCAACUACAGCGUCCAGGUUCUGGCCUACACGCAGGCCGGAGAUGGGGUCCGUAGCAACGUACUCUACAUCCAAACCCGAGAAGACCUCCCUGGUCCACCAGCUGGCAUCAAAGCGGUCCCUGCCUCACCUAACAGUGUGGUUGUUUCCUGGUUACCACCUCUCAAACCAAAUGGUGUUAUCCGCAAGUACACCAUCUACUGCUCCAGCCCUGGCUCAGGGCAGCCGGCACCCAGUGAGUACGAGGCCAAUCCUGAGAUGCUCUUCUACCGUAUCACGCACCUCUCCCGUGGUAAACAAUACCACAUCUGGGCUGCCGCCGUGACAACUGCCGGCCGCGGAAACAUCAGCUCAAAGGUCACCGUGGAGCCUGCUGGGAAAGUUCCAGCCAAAAUCCUGUCCUUUGGUGGCACAGUGACCACACCUUGGAUGAAGGAAGUGCGUCUGCCCUGUAGCUCAGUAGGAGAACCAACCCCAACAAUAAAAUGGACCAAAGACAGUGAUAACUCUGCCAUCCCAUUGACAGCCGACAGCCAGAGACAGAUUCUAUCAAAUGGGACAUUGGUUUUACGUUCAGUCAAAGCAGAGGACUCUGGGUACUACACCUGUACAGCUACUAACACACUGGGCUUUGACACCAUUAUUGUCAAUCUAGUGGUUCAAGUUCCUCCUGACCAACCUCGCCUGACUGUGUCCACUACUUCCACCUCCUCCAUCACUCUUACAUGGAUACCAGGGGACAACGGAGGAAGUUCUAUCAGAGGUUUUGUGCUGCAGUACUCAGUGGAUAACACAGAGGAGUGGAGAGAUGUGUUCAUCAGCUCCAGUGAGAGAUCUUUCAGACUCGACAAUCUCCGCUGUGGAACCUGGUACAAGGUCAAGCUGGCGGCCAAGAACAGUGUGGGCUCAGGGCGCAUCAGUGAAAUCAUUGAAGCUAAAACUCAUGGGAGGGAGCCUGUUUUCAACAAGGACCAGCCUCUGCUCACACACAUCAACUCUACACACGCAGGGCUCAAUCUGCAGGGCUGGACCAGUGGCGGAUGUCCCAUCACUGACCUCCUGCUAGACUUCAGGCCUAAAGGCACCUGGGCCUGGCAGAGUCUCAAAGCAAACUCCACAUCUCAGCUGUUCCUCAGCGAGCUGCGAGAGGCCACAUGGUAUGAGCUGAAGAUGAAGGCCUGCAACAGUGCUGGCUGUGGCAAUCAGACUUCACAGUUUGCCACUACCGACUAUGAUGGGAGUACCAUCCCUCCCAUUAAAUCUGCUCGUGGAGAAGGAGACGAUGUGAAAAAACUCUUCUCCAUUGGCUCUCCUGUCAUCCUGGUCACUGUGGGUGUGGCUCUGCUUUUUAUUAUUCGAAAGAAAAGAAAGGAAAAGAGAUUAAAACGACUAAGAGAUGCUAAAAGUCUUGCGGAGAUGCUUAUCAGUAAAAACAAUCGCACCAUAGACACCCCUGUAAAGGGCCCUCCCCAGGGGCCUCGCCUCCACAUAGACAUCCCUCGGGUUCAGCUUCUUAUAGAAGACAAAGAGGGCAUCAAACAGAUUGGAGAAGACAAAGCAGCUGUGCCAGUAACAGACACUGAGUUCAGUCAGUCAGUGAACCCACAGAACUUCUGCACUGGCGUCUCACUGCACCACCAGGCUCUCAUUCAAAACUCAGGACCACUUAUUGACAUGUCCGACAUCCGCCCGGGAACAAACCCAGUGUCCAGGAAAAGUAUCAAGUCCGCCCACAGCUCCAGAAACAGAUAUUCAAGUCAAUGGACUCUGAGUCGACCAAGCCAGACCCAGUCCACAGCAUCAGCACGGACUUUGACCUCUGACUGGAGGACUAUGGGUUCACGUGGCAUCACUGCCACAGAGAGUGACAGCUACAGUGCCAGCCUUUCUCAAGAUACAGAUAAAGGUCGUAACAGCAUGGUUUCAACAGAGAGCGCCUCCUCCACGUAUGAGGAGCUGGCCAGAGCGUAUGAACAUGCCAAGCUGGAGGAGCACCUGCAGCACGCCAAGUUCACCAUCACAGAGUGCUUCAUAUCUGAUAGUUCAUCUGAUCAAAUGACCACUGGCACCAAUGACCCGGCAGAUAGUAUGACUUCUCUGAGCACUCCGUCAGAGCCGGGCAUCUGCCGCUUCACUGCCUCACCUCCCAAACCACAGGAUUAUGACCGUGGCAAGAAUGUGGCUGUACCUAUCCCACACCGCGCCAAAAGUGAAUUUUGCAAUCUUCCCCUGUACAUGAAAACAGACCCGUUCUUCCGUAAACAAGGGGAGCUGCACGACCCAUGUCCUGCCGUGCCUCCGCGGGAGGCUUCCAUCCGCAGCCUCACACAAAGAGGCUAUCACACCCAGGGACGCCACAAGACUCUAGACUCCAAACAGCUGGGCCACUCGGGGCCCAGCAGCCUGGGCUCCAGCUCAGGCACCUCCACCCUGCCCCAAAGGACCCUGACUAUGCCCAGCUCCAACACAGCAGCCACAGCCUCCACCUCCAGCACCAGCAGUAACCCCAACAACAGCUCCAAGGGCGGCUCCAGAGACUCUCUGCUGGAGAGCAGCUCGUCUGCGCUGGGCAGGCUGCAGAAACAGAGCGCAGGCGCCUACUCCAAAUCAUACACACUUGUGUAGCGCGCUCAUUUGCACUGACUCAAGCGCCCAAACCAUGGCCGACUGGGGCAGGGGGCACAAACAUCUCUUUACCCCAGUUUUGGGGGCCCUGUGUCCUGCUCAGCUGCUCUAUUACUACAGGAGGCUGUCGUCCGGCUGAGACCCAGCUGACUGGACUUUUUCAUGUACUCCUGGGACUCUUGAAAAACUACUAACUCAAACUAACAGAUCCAGCAGGCUGGUGCUCGCUCUGCUCAUUUUUUACUGGGAUUGCACUGCGCAAAGCUCGGAAGCAAUCCUGUGGUCAUUUUGAAAAGUUGACUAUGAUUGAGGAGUUCUGUUAUUACAAGAUGAAAACUAUGAUAGCCAGUGUGAAGCUGUGUGGUCAUCUGUCUCUCAUACAUGCUCUGUCCUUAUUAUCCAUUAUCAAAUUUGAAGUUAAGUUUCCUCUUCUAACUGUAACCCCUUCUCAUGUCUCUUAAUAUCCCACAUUGAGCAUUGGCAAAUUUACACAAAAAAUAAUUCCAUAAAAAUCAGGUUACCUUUUAGAAAAGAUCAAAGUUUUAUCAUGUGAAAACUUUCCGCACAUCUCCAAAUGAAUGACACAUGCGCAAUGAUUCACAUGACAACCCAAAUAAGUAGCUUUGAUUUCUCACAUAAAAAUAGAGAUUAUUUGGUAUUAUAAAGAAUUUACAUAUAUAUUUCUAUGUAUAGUAUUGACAUUUAAGUGAAAUUAUGACAAAGUAUUAAUAGUGUGCACUUAAGUACUGGUGAAGUGCAUACUGCAAUUUAUGGUAUGGUCUACACUACUAAAUUUAUCAAAAGACAAUCGCUCAAUCACGUGAAGAGGAAUUUAAAAAUGUUGAAUUAAAUAAAGAAGUGAAUAUAUAGUAUGUUCUGUAUGGUACUGUUGGCUGACUGCGUUAGAGAAGAGAUUUAAGUUUAAUUUACAAUCUCAAUAUGAAGUGCAAGGGUUCUGGUGAGUCCUAAAUAACACACAAAUACUAUGUAGCAUUGUCCAUACUGUGUGUUUUGAAAAUACCAGGACAGAGAGCAAGAAGGAGAUUAUUAUACCAUUUAUGACUUUGAAGAGGUGGCACUGGAGUGGUAUGUUUUCACAAUGUCUAUGUAAAAUCUUCUAAUCAGUAUUACAAUCAGACUAUCUUCUAUUAUUGUUGUUUUUGUUGAAUAACGGCUGCUAAAAUCUAUUACUUAAACAGUAUUAUGGCCCAAUUGUUAAUGUAUACACUGUUCACAAACUAGACAGAAAUCCCAGUCAUGAUGUGAAUGAAGCUUACAUAAUAUACUUAAUGUCAGGGAGAUCAUUUUAAGAUAAUAUAAUGUUCGCUCAAUUGAAAUAUCUUAUAUAAAUGUUUUCCUAUUUCUGCGGUACUGUAUAUGUCCCAUUUGUUUUCUCCCAAUGUACAUUCACACACAAAACUUCAAGGAGGGUCUUUUUUGAGACACCUCAACAAUGUUUUGUGGUUUACAUUGAUUUAUUAAUUUGUUUCUUUGUCCAUUUGUCUGACUUAAAAGAGGUUAAGGAUAUAUUUUAUAUGUAUUUUAUGAAAUGAAUAACAUUUUUUGUUUUGUUUCAGCAGUUCUGGUACAUGGCCUAAACCAGUCCAGCCAAGUCAAAUCAGGGACCCGUAGCUCUUUUGGUCACUAGUGUACAUAGCGGUGGACAUGAGCAGGUCAGAUCAUGGGUGCGUUCAGGCUCCUGUCCGAGCUCAAAGGAUUUCAAUUCAAAUGUCAAACUUCCUAAACAUGGCUCCUUGAUUUGUCCCUUUGUGCGUGUUGUUUAUAGAUCAAGUCUUGUACAUAAACACAGUUUUGUAUGAAGAGCUAUUUUCAGCAGAACAAAUCAGGGGACACAUCAGGUUUGGAUGCCCCACUUUCAAAAUCUAAAAUCAAUAUGAAUUAUUUCAUUUCUGAAAUGGGCAAAUUAUUCUUUUCCCUUUAUGUUUUUGAUACUAAUUUGAUGACUUUUCAUUGUUUUUACAAGGUCUUUUGAUGUUGUCAUUUGUCCCGUUAACUUUUAUAUUAUUUUGUAUUUUAUUUUUUAUCCUCAAAGUCAUUGCAUGCUUGCUUAAAGGGAACAUAGAAGGAAAAAUGUAUGAAAAUCAAAAGCAAAAUCAAAAAAAAGUUGCGGGUAUCCCAAACCUUUGUUUGAGUUGCUUGUUAUAGCAAAUGCUUGUGUUCAAAGGUACAUUUUCUAUGAAAAGAAACAAAAACUAAAAAGAUCAUUCUAA